GCAACGACAAAACUCAGGCUUCGACAGAUUGUGGCAGCCAGCAGUGUGGGAAUAUCGAAACGUGUAGUGAGAACAGCUCGGCAAACAACAGCCGAUUUUAUACAGUUGGAGGUGUAUUUUUUCAUUCUCUAAAUGUAUUUAUAACGGACCACCUAUGCAGGCGAUCUAACGUUAGAUGGUGUGUUGCUCGGCGUUGCCGGAUAGGAUUCAAGCUGCAGAAAGGAUCGCGCUGCCACGCACGUUUUUUACUGCGCGUUGACGAAAUUAUCGUUCAAUUUGAAGCUGCAUUUAUGACGGACGUCGCUCCGCUAUUUAGUCAUUUCUACCAAGGGUUUUAGCUGUUUUCCGGAAUUCGAAAACCGCUGAUCUCUUUCAGAAACCAUUCAACGGGCACGGUGAGGCUUUCUGCUUGAGCAGGGGAACGCAUGCACGAUUUUAAACAAAAAUACCAAAAUGAGCAAAAGAUCAACAAAUGUGCCUGAAGUGGAGGACCACAUUUCUCUGAAGUAUGAAAUCAAGAAGAGACUUGGUAAAGGGGCUUAUGGCAUCGUAUGGAAAGCAGUUGACAGACAGACAGGUGAGAUUGUGGCUGUGAAGAAGAUCUUUGAUGCCUUCAGGAACAGGACGGAUGCCCAGCGCACAUUCAGGGAAAUCAUGUUCCUCCAGGAGUUUGGAGAUCAUCCCAACAUUGUCAAGCUUCUAAAUGUCGUGAGAGCUCAAAAUGAUAAAGACAUAUACCUCGUCUUUGAAUAUAUGGAUACCGACCUGCAUGCAGUGAUAAAGAAAGGCACCCUACUGAAGGACAUCCACAAACGCUAUGUGAUGUACCAGCUCCUCAAAGCCAUCAAAUACCUGCAUUCAGGAAAUGUCAUUCACAGGGACCAGAAGCCGUCCAAUGUGCUGCUGGACACUGACUGUGUAGUCAAGCUGUGUGAUUUCGGCUUGGCCAGAUCCCUCAAUCAGAUCCAAGAGGACAGCGGGAAUCCAGCACUGACAGAGUACGUGGCGACGCGGUGGUACCGAGCUCCUGAGAUCCUGCUGGGAUCCACAAGGUACACUAAAGGUGUGGAUAUGUGGAGCCUCGGCUGUAUCCUCGGAGAGAUGCUGCUGGGAAAAGCCCUGUUUCCCGGGACAUCCACCAUCAAUCAAGUAGAGAAGAUCAUCAGUGCCAUACCACACCCCAGCGCCGAUGAUGUUAUCGCAAUCAAGUCUGAAUAUGGAUCCUCUGUCAUUCAGAGAAUGUUACUAAAACCACGGGUGCCUUUUGAGGAACUUCUCCAGGCCUCUUCGCCUCCUGAUGCUCUGGACCUGUUGAGAGGUUUACUAGUUUUCAACCCAGACAAGCGGCUGACUGCUGAGCAAGCUCUGCAACACCCAUAUGUAGCCAGGUUUCAUAAUCCAGCCAAGGAGCCCGCUCUUAACUAUGACGUGGUGCUAACAGUGGAUGAUGAUGUACAAUUAUCUGUUGUUCAGUACCGCAACCAACUUUAUGAGAUGAUACUGGAGAAAAGGACUACUCAGGGGGUGCUGCGGCUGAUCCAGCCAGAACAUGGAGACUGUGUCAGCAGCACUCAGAGGCCUCAUGGGAAGGACGAAGUAGAGAAGUGCGCAGUGGCAGUAGAUGGGGACAAAGACCGUGAGGGGAAAACGCAACAUGAAAAGACUGAAGAGACAAACCACGAGCCUUCACAUCUUGCCGUCACUAAACCUGAACCCGCGAACGAGCCUGCUCCUCCUGCAGUUGGGAAGACAAGUCUAUUAUCCAGCCCUUGUUUUGGAAAACUCACAUACAACCCCAUCACACAUGCCCCAAAUGGUUUUGUUAAAAGUCCAGUUGGUCCUCCUCAUUACUACUCCUCUGCUGCAGCCAGCAGGAAACUAAUGGGACAGACCAGUAAUGGAGGUGUAACAACAUCACCAACAGAGGGCGCCCACACUAACGUAUCAAUGGACCAGAUUCUCCAGCGCGGUCGCUCAGCCCCUGGGGCCCAUAACCGCUCUUUCUCCUUGACCCUAAACCAAACCCAGAGCAAUCCGCUGGUUCGCAAGGAUGAGCUUUCCCUGACCUCUGGGCUAUGUGUCACAUCUGCACGCCUGAACCAGCGUUCCAACUCUCAGGUUCGGGAGGCUCGGCCCCCGACACGGUUCAGCAAGAAGGUAUUUCAGAGUAACUGUAACGUGGCAGCUGCAGGCGACCCGCGAGCCAAACUUGGCAGCUAUUCUCAGGCCUACGGUACCAUCAACAAAACGGAUCUGGACAACCUGCUUCGAAGCCGACCUUACAACCAGUAAGCUCUGCCGUGUCAGCGGUAACAAAGGGGCCGAACGAACACACGCGAGAUUUGUCUUUGACAGGAAUGUUAGACAUGAGGCAAGCUGACAGUGAACUCGUUUAUGUUGAUUGUGUUCAUGGAGAUAUGACUGUUGCUAUUGAUCCACUCAGCAAAAAUUCUAACAAGGCUUGAUUAUCAACCCGACCAAAAAAAACUAAACUAAACUAAUUAUCACAGACAAUAGGGGCCCGAUGAAUACUUUUUACCUUGGGUCCACAGGGUCACACCAGACAUGAUUUUUCAUGUUUAUCUGUGUUGCUAAUGUGUUUCAGGCUAAUGGUUUAUGCACAUGAUAAUUCUAAAAUAUGCAUAUUGUUGUUUGAAUUGAUUAUGCAAUAAUGAAUUGUUUUAAUGUGAAUGCAGCAGCAGUAAGCCUUGUUCCGAUGUACAGAAAGAAAAAACAUUAGUCUGUUGGUUAUCUACCAUGUUUAACAUGGAUGACUGUAAUAUACCACCAAUGUUUGAUAAUAAACUGAGCUGAAAAUGCUUUGAUCCUUAAA